AUGAUAACUUUAUUGCUUACUAUGCCAAGAUCAAAGACCAACUGCUCAAACAAAUCCAACAACUCCACCAGCACCAAUGGCUACAAAUCUGCUGAGAAAAUUUUGCCAAGUAAUGCAGAAGAACUUUUGGAUCUUAUGCAGCAAAGAAUCAGAGUUCCAAGCAGUGCUCCAAUAGCUGCACCACCCAAAAGAGCACGCACAAACAAUGAAGAUAAUUCAUCUGAGAGCUUUCAUAAAAUUGAAGAUUUGUAUCAAAAAAUUGUUCAGAUGAGUACCUUUCUUUUGAGUAGUGAUCAAAAUAUAGCUUCAAGCGCAGUUGCUACGACUGCAAAUGAAGCCGUGAAAAAUAUCCUUGCUAUUGAACGUAUUCCUACUCAAUUGAUGCGGGACUACAUGUUUAAUGAUAGCUUGUACAGUCAGUACAAUAGAUCAGAAACAUGUUGCUCUGAUAGAAACAGGCAAAUAAUUCAGUCUGUAAUAACCUACCUUAGCAACCAAAGCAAAGCAAAGAAUCUACUACCUUCCACUUUGCACAAAAAAGUUGUGGUCCAUAUUGCCAACAAGAAGUCAAAGGAGAAUAAGUCCAAAGAACAGAAGACCAUUGACAACAAAUCUUCGUGGUACCGUCAAAGACUAGCAAAAGAUGGCUCUUCGCUUUUGCCUAAAAAAAAUACUUUGUGA